UGAUAAGACCAUAUAUCAAGCGUGUGCUAGAAUAAGGGCGUUCUGAAGGUGGCUAAAUCUGGAAGUCUUUGAUUCGGAUUCGAUUGAUACCAGAAGGCGUGGAGCUCAAUGACCUAGCUGGACAGACCAAAUGCAGAACACUUGGAAAUCCAUGGAAAGGUCUUGCAAAACCUAGGAACCUUGUAAGUCUUCUAAGAAACUCUGAGAUCCAAUCCCCUGGGGGCUUCUAGUUAUUCCUUGUGUUUUUAUGACAAAUUGGCUCUGUCUCAGAUAAAGCGUAAAAUCAAGAUGAUGAGGAAGAAGAAACUAAGAUGUUAGUGCAUUUUAAACAUUUUUCUUCAAAGGUUACUCGCUGUUGUUGACAAUCGAUCACAUUUUCAACGAAAAGGUUAUUUAGAUUUGUGCUCAAGAAUAUAUGAGGCGUGGCUUAAUUCAUCCAUAUCUUAUCUCACUCAUUCACAACGAAUAAUAACUGGAAGCAUAUAAAUGAACACUCGACAUGUUUAAUUUACCACCACUCCCCCAGCUUGAAUGUUUCGUGACAUAUAAGCAUUUUAGUCUAACUACAAGUUCAACGAAGCAAAACAGGUCUUCUGCUGCUUCGUUGAAUAAUUAAUGUAAUAAUCAUCAAUGCAGUUACUUCAAACCCUAAUCUCUAUCGCAUUAUUUGACGAAUGGUUAGCAAGUUAACACCGUAGACCUUGAUGUGUCGGAUAAUUUCCACGUGGAAGCGCCUGAAUAAAGAAUGGCAAAAGGAAAAUUCGAUACGUGCUUACGCACAUCUCGCCAAUCGAAGGCUGACAUUAUUUGAGAGAAUAUUUUGGUUCGCCUGUAUUAUAGCUACUGCCGUAGCAUGUUGGUUAUCAGUAAGCAACGUAUACACGAAAUGGCGCGAGAAUCCCGUGGUCAUCGCAUAUGCUCCUAGAUUUUCACCGGUUUCGACAAUCCCUUUUCCGGCGAUAACGAUUUGUCCAUUGACGAAAACACGCGUAGAAGCAUUCAAUCUUUCGGAAGUUUAUGAAAUUGUGAGUAAGGGUGCGCCCCUCGAUGAAGUGAAAGAAAAGCAGUUGCGAGCGCUGGCUCACGUUUGCCCAUGUUCCAACCAUUGGAGGAAUUACAGUGCCGUCGCGGAUGAAUCUAUAGUUGAAACACUGCAGAAUAUAUCCCUUCCUUUUGAGGAAACGCUGUUGAUGUGUUUGUGGCAAACGAAGCGGGUACCUUGUAGACAUCUUUUUACGGAAACCCUGGUAGACGACGGAAUAUGCUACACCUUUAACGAACUACUUUCGAAUGAAACGUAUCGAACGAAUGCGAUUUCACGUGAUUUCACAAGCUUCGGUACAGAAGCUGUGCAAUCCAGAUGGUCGCUGGAAACAGGCUAUGAACCGCAGGCUGGAUUGUACGCUUUCCCUCGUCGAGCAUUAUCUAAUGGGUUUCAAGCCGGAUUAACCGUAAUGCCAAUGGUGCGGAAAAUCGAUCAGGAGUUCCUGUGCAGGGGUCCAUACACCGGAUAUAAAUUCGCCGUCCAUUCACCUGGAGAAAUUCCGUUAACUGGCGAUAAAUUUUAUCGACUAAACACUCUGAACUCUAUAACUCUUACUAUAACUCCGCGUAUAACGAAAACUUCCCAGGAACUUAGAUCGGUUGCUCCGUCAAGACGAAGAUGCUUCUUCAACGACGAACGACCUCUACGAUUCUUUAGGACUUACAGUUCAAACAAUUGCUUCCUGGAGUGCAUUGCAAACUUCACACUGGAAAAGUGUCACUGUGUGAAGUUUUCCAUGCCCCGAACCGCCGAUACGAAGGUUUGCGAUGCAAGUAAAAUAGAUUGCUACUUCAACAUCUACCAGGACAUGUACCGUCAUAAGGUGGCGAACGCAUUGAGCGGAAACAAGUGCAACUGUUUGCCGCCGUGCAACUCGCUGGAAUACGACGUGGAGAUGUCUCAGUUUCCAUUCAACUUUCACGAAUUGGCGACUGCCAUGAGAAUGCCUGCGUUUGAGUAUGAUCAGUAUGUAUUGCUUUGUUUGCGCUGGCUGAAGCUUGUCUUAUCGUUUACUCUGUCGCUUUCCAGAAUGGAUGCCGCAGUGAUGUUUGUUGGCCUAAAAGCUCGUCACUAUCUACCCAUGUGGAGACGUGAGUUGAUGGGCAUUACUGAUGCCGUGGCCAAAUUGGGUGGAAUAUUCGCGCUGCUACUGGGUGCUAGUAUGCUGACUUUUGCUGAAUGCGUGUAUUAUCAUUGCGUACGACCACUGCGAAGGGAGAAUGUUCGAAAUGGAAGGGUACAAAAUGUUAGAACUGCUCAGAGGUUUGGGUUUAGUUCAAGACCUUACUAAUAGGCAGGUGGGUGAUCCAAAUAAUUUCACUACAAACACUGAAUGUUUUCUUCGGACUAACAGCAUAAACUUUUCACAGUUUAUGUGAGAUAAUACACUUUUUAAACGGACUUCAUUUACGACAUGCAUGCACCCUUCUGGUGUAAUGUCAUAAAUAAAAAUAAUAAAAAAUGACUUCAUUUCAGUUACUCGAUUAAACCACGCAAAAAUUACACUAUCAUGCGAAAAUGAUGCAAUAAAUUGUAUUGCAAAUUAUUGCAUGAAAUUUUGUCGUAAUAAAAAUUCACAUUUGUAAAUGUAUUAGAGAAUCGUUCUAUUUUCAGACUGUUAAGCUCGAUAGUGAACACGAUUCAAAGCUUGUAUACUUUUUUGUUUGGAUCAAAAACAAACAAGAGCAUUGAUAUCUUAACCUUUUAGAGCAAUUGAGCACUCUUAUCAUAUCACAUGAUAAACUUCCCCUUUCGUUUCCUUCCAAGAGUGAAGUGGAUAAUGUUGAAGAUUGAAUUGAAAUGAGCAACCUGUUCGAUAUUUUAGACAA